AUGUCGAGCGGUCAAUUCAAUGUUGGACAAACUCACGGCCAAGCACAGGGUAAGACUGAGCAGUGGGUUGAGUCCGCUAAGAGCACUGCAAAUCAGGCCCACGACAAAGCCUGUGAAGCUGCCGGAGAAACCCAAGGGCAGGCCCAACGUAGCAAGGAGGAAACAGCUGGAUUCUUUCAGCAGACUGGAGAACAAAUGGCCCAUAUGGCUCAGGGUGCAAUUGAUGGUGUGAAGAAUACUCUUGGCAUGAAUGACAAGAAGUGA